AUGACAUGCCGUGCUCGACGGAAAAAGUGCAACGAGCAGAGGCCACGGUGUGAGAAAUGCGUCAAGUCAAACCGUGCAUGUUUAUGGCCUGACGAGGAUGAUCUUUUCGACCGACGCCAUCGUCGUGUGUCCAAGUCGCCUCGAUUGUCACCUAAGUCGCCGGAGCUCACAAAGACCGGUAGAAAGCCAUCAGUGACAGCGCAAUCAGCAACGAAUAGGCGUGGACAGUCUCUCCUCGUAUGUCGUGAGAUCUGCUUCAAGACCGAUCUCUUCAACUCGGCCAUGUUCAAGUCGGAUCUUGAGGUUGAUUGUAUGCGGCAUUUCUUCGAUGGAUUCCUACCGUUGCUCAUUUUGUCAAAUGCUCACCCUGGUUUCUAUUCUGCAUACGUUCCAGAGGUGGUCGACAUGUUGCUACAGUUUGACGGAUUGAAAGAUGUAGCAUUGGCCUGUGGAGCAUCACAUCUGCAUCUUGCCACCGGAAGUCCACAGAUGAACGAAUCUGGACUCGUGUAUUAUUCCCGAGCUGUUUCCAAGGUAAAUCAAGCAUUGAACAAGAUUGACUGGAGCCGAGACGAUUACAAUGUCGCGGUUCUGCUGGCCAUAACGUUUCUAUACAUUCACGGGGCGUUCGCACUCCACACCAACGGCGACAUUCCGAAGCAUGUGAUGGGUGCUGUGCAACUCAUUAAUCUCCAAUACGCUCAAUCACGGAAACCGCCCUUGGCCCGACCAAUACACCGGAUCAUUUGGGAGAGCAUACUUUAUCAGAUGUUUCGCCAGACGGUCCGGCGGCCUUUCUCGGUCGGCUUCCAGCCAGAUUUCGACUUUGUGGCAAGAGCCGAAGGCGUUCUGCAGUCUCUCACAUUUCCGGAUGCCUCACCUGCUGACAAUAGUCCUGUUAUUGGAAUUCCUUUGGAUCUUCAGAAACUCAUCAUCGAGGUGGUACAGCUUUGCAAGAGUCCAUUCGUGCCGAGGCCGGAGGUCUUGCGAGAUCUUGAAAUCCGAAUGAAGCAUUGGGAGGGCACCAUCCUGGAAGAUGGACACUGCAUCAAACAAGAGCGCCAUACCAGCCUCAUGUCCACGCCGUCAGACAGAGCAGGUGUCUUUUAUCAACAUUCGACGAGUCUUCAUAUUCUUGCAGCCUCUCUGCUUUUAGACUGGGUCUCGAGGUGUCACGAGGUUCCGUGUGGAGCGGAGCCACAUCUUCCGACCCCUUGCAACUCGUGGCAAGUCCGGAAAGCGUUGCACAUUAUGCGCUGCCCGCAAGCAAAUGAAGACUGGUUACGAUGCUAUCUCGGGUCAUGGCCGUCGUUGAUCUUUGGAUAUGCAGUCGAUAAGCCUGAGGAGGUCGCCCUAAUCAGAAGUGACUUGCAACAACGAUUUCAGAAGCUGUACUCGUCGGAAGAGCUGCUGUUUCUGGCCGAGUUAGAAUCAGUUUGGCAUGCAAGAGGGAUUGGCCACUGA